CAGCGGUGCCAUCAUGAUCCUGCGGCAGAUCUUGAGGUUUUCCUCCCUGUUCCGCGCCGCUGUGUCCCUUCACGUGCGCAGGAACAUCGGGCUCUCUGCCAUUGUCUUCAACAAGACAAAAGAACUCGACCCGGUUCAGAAGCUCUUCUUGGACAAGAUCAGAGAGUACAACACCAAGAGCAAGCAAGCUGGAGGGCCUGUUGAUGCAGGACCCGAAUUUCAAAAAGACCUUAAUGAAUCCCUUGCAAGACUCCAGCGAGCGUAUGGUGAGGGAGAUCUCACAAAGUUUCCAGAAUUUAAAUUUGAGGAGCCCAAGUUUGAGGAGACUGCGAAGUGAUCUCUGCAGCUUGUAGACUGAACAGAAGUGUACAGCCAUGGAGUUGCUGAACAUUGCACCAGUUGUAAUUUAAUAAAUGCUUCAGUUUGAUUUCA